AUGUCACGCAGAGCCGCCAUCAUAGAGGAAUUCGACGACGACACCGAUCUCCCGCUGCCCAACGUCCCGCUACCCAACACAGGCUGUGGACCACUCUUGCAGGAACUCGAUGCAUCGGACGACGAGGAAUUCGACCGGCCGGGGCCUGCGUCGCCUCCCAGGCCGCAACAGCAGCAGCGCUCAGGGCCUGCAGGCACUGCAUCGGAUACGAAUCGAGUGACGGACAUCACACCUUACAAGUCGUGGACAUGUAUCUACCCGAUCUACCUCGACGCCAAGCGCCCGUACGGACGAGGCCAGCGGCGGGUCGAGCGUGCCAAGGGCCUCUGGUGGCCUCUGAGCAAGGACAUCGCCGAUGCUGCAAACCGUCUAGGGCUGGGCACGCUACACGAAGUGAACAAGUCCCAUCCACGCGAUUGGGAGAACCCCGGCAGAGUUAGGGUGCAGUGGAAGAAGGACGGCAAACUGAUGAAUCCUGUCAUAAAGACGAAAAAGCAGCUCCUGGAGAUGAUCUGCUUCCAACUACAACAUCUCAAGCCCGAGAACAUCCCAAAGCAGCCGUAUGACACUAGCACGCCUGCAAAUCGGACUAGCCCACCGAGCACGACCAAAUCCUCUACCUCGCCUUCCCAAACUGCCACCUCAGAACCUGGUUCUAACUCCGCGAAUAACACUGCAAGCACGCCACUCUCCUCCACCCCAUCGUCAAAUAAGGGUAAAGCCCCGCUCUCCUCCACGAAAUCUAAACCCUCCACCCCAGCUGCGCCUGCACACAAAGCUGCCCCCCAACGCCUUAUCCCCCGCUCGCGAGCAGGGUUUCAGCAUACUCGCCGGCAAUCUCGACAGGCGUGCUGGUGGAAACUGUGA